UUUUUUUUUUGUUUGCUUGUUUCAUAGUAAAAUGAGGCCUUUUCGAUUCGUUGGAAUCUGCUUUAGCAUCUUUUUUAUAAAGGAGAGUUAUUGUCAAUUAUCAGAUCGUGUCUUUGAAGAAUACAAUGAAGAAUUGACAUUACAUAAUUUACCUGAUGGUAAAUUAUUAGCUCAUUUUGAAUUUACAACGCAAGUGAAAGCCAAUACAAAGCCUAAUGCACCUCUACUAGAUUAUGGCUUAUAUCCAAAAGCUAUUGGCGAAGUUCUUGAAGCAUACAAUGUACGUGAAAUGCAUCUUUCUUUUACUCAAGGACGUUGGAAUUAUGAGGAAUGGGGCUAUGCACCUACUUUAUCAGUUGGCACAGGCGUUGAGUUAUGGGCCUGGAUGAAGGAUACAACAAAUGUCAAUGAUCAAUGGAAAUCAUUAACAAACACAUUAUCUGGAAUAUUUUGUGCAUCACUCAAUUUCAUUGAUGAAACUAUUACAACAGAACCUCGAUUAUCUUUUAGAACAACUAAUGAUACAGACCAACAAUUAAGAUAUGGCUCAUUACCUCAUGAAAAUGUGUGUACUGAAAAUUUGACACCUUGGAUAAAAUUGUUACCUUGUAAAGCCAAAUCUGGGAUAGCCGUAUUAUUAAACCCUCAUAAGAUAUAUAAUUCUAAUUUUCAUUCUAUGGCCAUUCACGCUAAUUCCAUCUGUAUAGAUGAAGCAUGUACAGAACGUUAUUUAGAAUUAAAACAAACAUUAACGUCUGUUAUGGAUCCUGUUAGAGAUACAAGUCGCAGAGAUUGGUCUUUAAAAUCAGUAUUUGGUAGAAAAUUAAAAAAUGCAUGUCCAGUAGCAAAAGAAAGUAAAAUACGAGUUGAUUUAGCUAAUGCUGGUAAUGAAUAUGAAUUAAAACCGGUUACUAAACAAGAAGAUAAUAUUGCAAUUUAUGAGCUUUCACCCAAUUCAAAGGAAACAUUUGAUAUUCACAUGGCAUGGAAAGAAAACUCAUUCUUAUACCCACUUGAGCCGAUUCAGCCCAUGAUAUAUGCCCAGAGAUAUUUUACAGGUUAUGGACAAGAAAGAGGAGGAUUAAAGAUAACGAUUUAUAAUCAUAAUAAAUUAAAUGCUAUGCCAGUUAUUUAUUAUGAUUCUAUUCCAUGGUAUCUUAAAGUUUAUCUUCAUACACUUCAAGUCAAUCUCUUUAGCUAUAACAACCAAUCAGAAGUAAAUAUGAAAUCAGAUAAAACUAUACAACAAAUGUAUUAUCAACCAGCUAUUGAUAGAGGAAGACCAAGUACACUCGAAUGUGAAUUAUUAAUACCAGCAAAUUCAGUAGUUACACUUUCGAUGGAUUUUGAAAAAGUAUUUUUAAAAUAUACAGAACAUCGUCCUGAUGCGAAUAGAGGAUUUGAUAUCGGUUCUGCUGUAUUAACGACUUGGAUUCCUACUCGUUAUUUAAAUUCAUCUAAAUUACAAAGGAUUUAUACAGAUACAUUAUUAGUUAGCCUUCCUACCCCUGAUUUUAGUAUGCCAUAUAAUGUAAUUACGCUUACUUGUACAGUUAUUGCCUUAUUCUUUGGAUCCAUGUUUAAUUUAUUGAUACGUAAUUUCAUUGUGAUUUCAAAUAAUGAUGAUUAAUAAAAAUAAAGGGAAAGAAAAGCUGUGUUACACUCGGG